AUGAUUGCCUCCUUCCUUGGGCAGGAGCCUGAGCCGAAUGCAUCAGGGACCAAUGCUGGUAUUACACAAGCAAUUUUACUACUGGUAUCGUUGCUAGGUUAUUUUUCGUUGUUGAUCGUCGAGUCAAUAAAAGAGCGGAGAAAGGAGUAUGAAUUUAGGCGACAACAGAUCCGGGAGCAGUUAGAGAUAGCCGAAGCAGAAGAAAAGGAGACGCAAAAAGAUCAGAAACCGUUUCUCUUUCAGUUGCCCGAGAGCAGCGUGAUUAAUCUGACGGUGCCCGCCUGGUUGAACCCGGCUUCCGACGUCUCGGCGAGAGCGGAGGGGGCCGAUAAGGUCCAAGACAUCGGCAGUGGAUCGUACUCAACGAAAGCUUCGUCGCGUGGACCCGCUAGCGGUCCCGACCCGUCCUCGGCCGACCCGUCCUCGGCCGGCCUGUCCUCGGCCGGCCUGUCCUCGGCCGGGGAGACGUAUAUGCCGAGGCCGGAGGUAGGGGAUGGGCCGUCAAUGAAGGCGCUCGAGUUGAAGGAAGGGAAAAGGAAGAUUUUGCUCCGGCGGUACCAGUACCUUUCUUCUGCUCCGGGUCCUUACCCUUUACAGAUAACAGGUUCUCAAUUCAAUGUAAAAGCUGGGCGGCCCUCGCCAGCUUUUGACGUGGCUCUCUCGUCGGGAAGGAAGAAGAGCAUGGAAGAAAACGCGGUCGGUCCGCGCUCCAGUCCUGAUGUCUUACGGACGGGGACGACCGCGUUAACAGGUGCUUCUUCCAGUGGGGCGUCUUUGCUAUCGCAAAUGGACCCCGCGACUGUGCGAAGACUGUUCGUGCCGCGGCCAGGCAUCCGCCGCCAAGUGAGUGGAGUCCUCGUUCCGGCUUCCGGGGGAUGCCUACGGAGGCCGCGUGUCUCGGUCGUUCCGGAAGAAGACGAGAAGCGCGCCUCAAUCCUUCUGGUACCUUCGCCUCGGUACUGCCCGAAGGUCGUCCACGACGAGGCAGUGAUCAUGCUUCGCUCGUCGCCCUCUCUCCACCACGACAGAAUGCGCUCCUCCUCCCCCAGAAUAUCCCCGUGUAGACGGUCAGCUAGAUCUGGGGUUUUCUCGGGCAGUCGUGUGAUGGGGAAGGUGGUCCCGCGAAGUGCGCCUGCCCACACCCGCAGGUCUGCCAGAUCGCGCGCCAGGCUAUCUCUUUUACAAUCGUCCAGGAAAGAACUGUCUUCAAAACGAGGACUGCGUUCCAAAGCAGGACUGUGUUCUAAACGAGAACUCAAACGGGGACUAUCUGUCAAACGAGGACGGUGUUUCGGUUCUGUUGCCGACCGUUAUCGCUACCAGAUAUCACCUCACUCUCGUGGGGGUUUCGUCCCUUCUCCUGCUGGUCCGGCCUACGGCAAGCGCUCGCGGUCCGGGGCGUCUCGGCACCGUUCUAGUCAGGGGCGCUCUUUCGGCUCUCCCAGAGAUGCUGAAGAACGCAAGCCGAGUUCGACUGAGACCCAGUCCCCGAGUUCGUGUGUGCAGUCCCGGAGAAACAGUACGCCGCGAAUUGCCGGGUUGGAGGAGAGUUGUCCGUCGAGCCAGGAAGAUUUGGGCGGUCAUAACGACUGCAGCAGCGAAGAGUCUUCGUUCAGCAAAGAGUGUUCAUGCAGUGAUGAACUCUCGUCCAAUGAGGAACUCUCGCCCAAUGAGGAACUCUCGUCCAUCGAGGAGCUCUCGUCUAGCGAGGAGUUCUCGUUCAGUCAGAGCAGCCUCGGAGACGUUGUGUUGAACUUGCCGGGUGGGGUGCCUCGUCUGUGGAGGUUAGACGAGCCGUGGGGUGAGACUGAAGAACUCCCCGUAAUGAGUUUCGCAUCAAUUUUUAACGACGAGUGUUUGGAAGACAUUUGCUUGGUAAACAUGGUGUAA